AUGCCUGAAGAAAAGAAACUAAAAGUUUUAAAAGAAGUAAAAAGUUUGGCAAAAUUGAACUCAGAAUUUGUGGUCAAAUAUUACAACUCAUGGCUUGAGUCCAAUCAUCUCUAUAUUCAAAUGGAAUUCUGUCCGCAAAGCCUUCGAUCCCUUCUCACAGACAAACCCAAUGUCUUCAAAAGACAAACCGACGACCAGAUGAAUAGUGUGUUUGAAUACUUUAUUUCAUGUGAAAUAUUCAAAGAGAUCUUAGAAUGUGUUCAAUAUUUACAUGAAUCGGAUCCGCCAGUCAUUCAUCGGGAUCUCAAACCCGACAACAUUUUAAUUACUUCAAACAUUAAAUCCAAUCGUUUCAUAAAACUGUGUGACUUUGGUUUGGCCACUGAUCACAACAUCGAUAGACACACUGACAGCCGAUAUAACCACUCAAUAGUGGGCACUAUUAAGUAUAUGUCACCCGAAGUACAUUUGGGUAAACAAUAUAACCAUAAAUCAGAUAUUUAUAGUCUGUAUGUAAUCGGCGAAGAAUUGUUUGGUAUUGAUCUCCAGGAGUCAGAAACAUAUGUGGCUAAGGAAUCAGUGUUCACGGCAUCCAUACAAUGCCUAUACCAGACAUUACUGGCAAUGAUGUCAACACCCAAUUGGAGACAAAGGCCUGAGUGUCGGGAAGUGUUGGCUAAACGUAACGAGUGGUCGAUUGACUGGACUGUUGUCACAAAUCACAAGGAAUUCAAUUCAAUACACAUUUAA